AAGUGAGAGGUGUCACUGUCAGUGUCACAAUUACUUUGUGGGUAAAUACGAACACGUUUUAAGAAAUUUUGUUAUAAAGGUUAAAUUACACAGAAGAAAUGGUAAAUAUUAGUGACAGUGCUGUAGAAAAUAUUGGAAGGGUGCUGAAUGAUCCGCAGAGGCCCAUGAAAGAGCGUUUUCGGGCCCUUUUUACACUUCGAAACUUGGGAGGAGAAACUGCUAUAAAAUGUAUAAGCGAUUGCUUUAAAGAUGAAUCAGUUCUAUUAAAACAUGAGCUAGCAUAUUGCUUAGGUCAAAUGCAAGAUGUAAAGGCAGUACCUAUUCUUAAAAGCGUUUUAGCAGACACGAACCAGGACCCGAUAGUUCGACACGAAGCCGGUGAGGCAUUAGGUGCCAUUGGAGAUUCAGGCCUUCAAGAAUUACUUGAAAAAUAUCAAUAUGACUCUGCUAUAGAAGUAGCUGAAACAUGUCAAAUAGCAUUACAGAGAUUAAAAUGGAUCGCAGAAAAAAAUAAAACAGAAAAUAAUUUAUCACAAAGUCGUUAUGCUUCUAUUGAUCCUGCACCUCCGAGUGAAGAAGUAAAUAUUGAUGAGCUACGGAAAACAAUGAUGGAUGAAAAUAAAACCUUAUUUGAGCGUUAUAGAGCGAUGUUUAGCUUACGUAACUUAGGGACUACAGAAAGUAUUAAUGCUUUAGGGGAAGGCUUUAAAGCGAGUAGUGCACUAUUUCGCCAUGAAGUUGCUUUUAUAUUUGGCCAGAUGCAGGAUGAGCGCAGCGUGCCCUUCCUUAAGAAGACCUUAGAAGAUACGACAGAACAUGAAAUGGUACGUCAUGAAGCAGCUGAGGCCCUGGGCUCAAUAGCUACUGAUGAAUGCACAGAAGUAUUAACAAGAUAUCUUCACGAUCCCCGUCCUGUCGUCAGAGAGAGCUGUGAGGUGGCUCUUGACAUGUCUGAAUAUGAGAACAGUCCAGAAUUUCAGUAUGCUAAUACUUUGCUCACAGUGCAAGGAUGAUUUUACAUGUGUUGUGAUAUGGUUAAUUUUUUUAGAUUACUUUCAUAAAAUAUUUAAUCAUAAAGCAGAACAGCAUAAAGUCAAAUACACAAACAACUAUUGUAAUUAGUUAGGUAAAUUAUAUUUUAUGACAGAAAUUAUUUGUACUUAUUUCAAAACUAUUCUUUUUUUAGUUUUUAUGAAUUUAAUUUUUGGUUUAUAACGACAUAUUUUAAUUUAAUGCCUUUAAUAUCAUACAUUGUAACACAAAAGGUUCACUUUUAAGGAUGGUGUGACAAUAAUUUUCCUAUGUUAUGUGUUCAAUAGUUCAGAAGUGAUAACUUUGACAGUCCGAACACUGUGGCUUAGAGUGAGAGAGGAGGAGUCUGCCUACUGCUGCCGUAUGCCUAAGAGAAAGGGACGCCAGACAGACUGGCACCCUAACGCGUUAUGUAACGAAGCAGUUUACUCUCCCAUAAGAAGUCAUCACUUCAUAAAUGUAUUUAUUGUACUAGCUUAAUAUAGCCGGCACGAGUCGAUUCGGUCAAAUCGGCAUAAACAGUGGCCGAAUGACAAGUGAGAGUCCAAUAGACGACAAGCAUCGACUGACAGACCAAUCGCGUGCAGCCUCGGCGCUCCCGGAUCCUUCAUUCCUCCAAAGAUACCUAAAAAUAUAAUACUGCGCAGGUCAAGGUUGUGCUCACGAUUGAUGCCGUUUACUAUACCUGUCCUAGUGUAGUGUGUAGUAAUCAUAAACAAUUUAUGAUUUUUCAUUAAUUUGAGUUUAUACUAUUAAUUUGCACUAGGAUGCUUGUUUCCUACAUUGCAUUAAAUAAGAUUUGGCAGAAUUUAAUGGCCGCUAUCUUUAAAUCUAUGUGGGAUGUAUAUCGUUCACGGUACUAUCGCCAUUACAAUUGCUGAGUCACUAAAAUGCGUUGAUGCUAUUGAUAACAUAUAUCAUAUAUAGACCAAAAAGAAAAAAAAUACAUAUAUUUAAAAAAAACGUACUGCUUUUGCAUACAAGAUACAAUUUACAUUUUCAAAAUAAUUGUAAAAAAAUAGUUUUUUUAACAGUAUUACGACAUAAUUUGUACUUGUACUUAAAUAUGCCUAAGUCUGUUUAACAAUUCUAUUGUGAUUGCUUUUCCAGAUCUAAAAGGUUUAGUAAGAGAAAAAAGUUUUAAUAUUAUCAAGAAACCCAAAAGCCGAAAAUUUUUUAUUUGUAUACAAGCGUCUUAAAAAUCAUAAAAUUGCGUAUAUACAAGCUGUUUCCGGUGUAAGUUUAUCUUCGGAGAUUAUUUUAUAUAUUUAAGUUGAAUUUUCUCAAAAGUGUACACAGUUA